CGGGAUACCAGGGACUACCGUCGUCCAGGUCACCAACCUGUCCUCGGCUGUGAGCAGCGAGCAGAUGCGCACUCUGUUCGGUUUCCUGGGAGACAUCGAGGAGCUACGGCUAUACCCGCCCGACAAUGCCCCUCUGUCUUUCUCGUCCAAAGUGUGCUAUAUAAAGUACCGAGACCCCUCCAGUGUUGGUGUGGCCCAACAUCUCACCAAUACAGUUUUUAUUGACAGAGCUUUGAUAGUAGUACCAUGUGCGGAAGAUGACUAGACUGGCCCAGCUGUUACACUACACUAGCCUGAGUCAGGCAUUGUUUUCCAAGCCACUAUCCCCGAUCGGGCCAACGCAGCCUUCAAGGGGGAAUGUGACCAGGAGAAUAGCCUGCUGAACCUUCCAAGAUGGACACCUUGUCUCUUUUUAUUUAUUUAUUUUUUUUUUGCUGCAGCUUGUGUGUGAUUGAAUUCUGUCCAGGUUGCUACGGCAUACCGGUGGGAUAUGUAUCACACAUGGGAUGCUAAGAGGAUCACUAACACUUUACUCUGUUGUCAGCUACUCCUGUUGUCAUAGUGAGGGGCUAGACAUUAUAAAAGUGAGACCCAGUAGAAUAUUUUAAAUUCUAUUUGCGCUUUUCACAUGUGCUGAAAUCUGUAGUAAAAGGUUUUUUUCCUCACACUACAGCUCGGGUAUGGAUGUUUUAAUAUAUAAUAACAGUCACUCUCCAUUCAACAUCAUUUUCUCUUUUAACUUAGAAAUGCGUGACACAUGCAUUAAGACUUUGCGCCGUUAUUUUAUAUGUAAUCACUUUUCGAAUUGUAAUUCAUGCUCUGUGCCUCCAGCUUUAAUUAACUGAAUUUGUAGUUAUUUUGUUUCUUAUUCGUCUUAACGUAGCUCUCUUCUCCAGCUAUAAAAAGCAGCAGACUUUAAUGGAAUGAGCAAACCUCCUAAUUGGUUGUUUUUAUAGCAAAGGCUUGGAUAACAUUUCCUACAGUUCUUAAAAUUGUUGUUCUUUUCUGUAUCUGAUGUCCUGUGUGCUAUUAGUGAUGCAGCCAUUGGGGUUAUCUUGUGUUGCACACCUUUCCAACACUGCGAAAACGAUCGCCCCACGGAAAAGCGCCCAUGCUUGAUAUCGUAUGGUUCAUGACCAAUAUGUUUCCAGUACAGGGAAAAUCCCAGAAGAGGCCAAAGCUUUGUCACUUUUGGCACCUGCCACCCCAGUACCCAGUCUGAUUCCUGGAGGGGGACUGCUACCAAUUCCUACUCCAGCGCCACUUCAGAAUCUGAACCUUCCCACAGUGAAUCGGCUGUCGUCUGCUCUGGACCCUACAGCAUCAUUGCUCUCCCAGCCCCCCCUCAUGGGAAAUGUGGAUCCCUCAAAAGUCGAUGAGAUCAGGAGGACCGUUUAUGUCGGCAACUUGAACUCACAGACCACCACUGCAGACCAACUGUUGGAGUUCUUCAAGCAGGUGGGAGAUGUGAAGUUUGUGCGAAUGGCUGGAGAUGAGACUCAGCCGACACGCUUCGCCUUUGUAGAGUUUGUUGAGCAGGAUUCCGUCGUCAGAGCCCUGACCUUCAAUGGAAUCAUGUUUGGAGACCGACCCCUGAAGGUUAAUCAUUCCAAUAACGCCAUAGUAAAACCCCCAGAGAUGACGCCGCAGGCUGCUGCUAAGGAGCUAGAAAGUGUGAUGAAGAGGGUGAGAGAAGCCCAGAAUACCAUUGCUGCUGCCAUAGAACCAGCGGACAUAAAGAAGCUUUCUUCCAGUCGGUCUAUAAGGUCACGCCGGUCAGCCUCACGGUCACGCUCCCACUCGAGAACGCGCAGGAAAAGGUCCCGUUCGAAACACAGCAGACCGGUGCCAAAGUUGUGUCCGAGGAAUGACUCCCACAAUUCUCGAAGCAGCCACAAGAGGCGUUCUCGCUCCAGAGACAAGAGACGCAGUCGUAGCCGCUCUAGGGCUCACAGGAGGAAGAGUAGGGAUCGGUCCUGGAGCCCACGUAGGAAAGUCAGAUCACCCUCACCAAAAAGAGGUAAGAAAGACAAGAGGAGGGAGCGCAGUAGAGAAAGAAAGGGACGCUCUACAUCCAGGAAGAGGAGCCGCAAGGACGAGGACAGGCUAAAGAGCAGGGCCAAGCCAAUGAAGGUGCAAAGGGACUAUAACAGAAAAGAAAAGGAAGACUAUGUAAGUGACAGAGAAGACUCCAUCACACUCAGCGAGGACAUGAUGUCCUCACCUUGCACCCAGCAUAACGGCAGCUACAAGACUCACAAUGAGUAUGCAUCAAUGGGUGCAGAACGCACCAAGUGAUUUAUUUUUUCUCUCUCUUUUUUUCAUCAAUAUAAAAAAAAACAAAUCCCGCUGCAUCAAAUGGUCUCAGCGCCCAUCACGUGCAUAUACCAUUCACAACAGCGUGUUUUUCUCACCAUCACCUGAUUUCUACAGGACAUUUUGGCAACACAUGGAUCCUGUUAUUCAGCUCAUUUUCAGGAACCCACCUAAAGGGCAAGUGAGCACUCUGUACAACAGCCCCACUUUUCCUGUUACCAAGGAAGUCGAAUAUUUUGGGACUUGCAGAAGGAGCACGAUGAAAUGUAAAAUAACAGAACAACUCUAAAUACUACAGACUCAGAAAAUACCAUAAAGUUGACUCGACACCUCAUCAAUAACUUCCUAAACACAUGGCUGUCACAUUGUCAUAUCACAAUAUGACACAAUUGUGUCCACCUCCUGUAUGUGGUACUCACAUAAAUAGCUUAAUACUUUUCUAUUCUUUCUGUAUAUGCGUUAACAGUAAUACAAUGUAUCUUACAUUAUGCUUAUCUCAUUUAUUAGAUGAGAUUGGAACUGCUUGAGAUUGGAAUGUUUUUUCAAUAGUAGGAAGUUUUUAGAAAUAUUUUCCUUUUUAUGGCUGGUGUGUGAGAAUCAGUUGAAAAGUGG